AUGCAAUUCGCAAUUUCUUAUAUUAUUAAUUUCAUUUCAUCCAAAAAAACUAUGUUCUUUUCUAUAAUGGGAUUCUUGAAAUCUUCAUCCCUGAUCAAAAUCCAGAAUAUUUUGGCCAAAUUUCCACUUACCAAACCUUCUCAAAUCCAUAGCCAUGGCCGAACCAAACUAAGACCGAAUGAAGUGCUCAAAGAGUAUUUAAAGACCAAUGCCACAGCGAAAGCUUUAUUUUUGUUUCGUGAUUUGAUCAGAAAAAGCAUUUCCUCCAUUGAUAGUUUCUCUUUACUUUAUAUCACGAAGGUCUGCACACGAAAGUCUUUGCCACAUGAAGGUCGACAGUUCCAUACCCUUGUCGUAAAAUUCGGUUAUGAACCCAUCAUCUUCAUCCAGACAUCACUGGUGAGCUACUACUCUUCAGUGGCUAAUCUUGCAGAUGCACGCCAGGUGUUCGAUGAAAUGCUCACGAAGAAUGUUGUUUGCUGGACCGUAUUGAUAUCUGCUUAUGUUGAUAACCAAAAACCAAAUUCUGCUCUCAAAUUGUUUAGGGAAAUGCAGAUGGACAAUCUGGAGCCGGAUCAAAUCACUCUCACGGUCACGCUCUCUGCGUGUGCGGAUCUUGGUGCAUUGGACAUGGGUAAGUGGAUUCAUAACUAUAUCCGAAGAAGCAAAAAGCUCGAUAAAGACUUGUCUUUAUACAAUGCCCUCUUGAACAUGUACACAAAGUGUGGAGAUAUUGAAACCGCUAAGAUAUUGUUCGUUAGCAUCGAGAAAAAGGAUGUCAAGACUUGGACCUCCAUGAUUACUGGAUAUGCCAUCCAUGGUCAAGCAACAGAAGCACUUUCACUUUUCAGAGCAAUGACCCAAACUAAAAUCAUCCCUAAUGAUGUUACCUUCAUUGGAGUCCUAAUGGCAUGUAGUCAUGUAGCUAUGGUGGAUGAUGGAAAGCGGUAUUUCAAGAAAAUGACAGAAGAUUACGGGUUAAAACCUAGAAUAUCCCAUUUUGGGUGCAUGGUUGAUCUUUUAUGUCGAGCAGGGCUUUUACAAGAAGCUAAAGAUUUCAUCUUGCAAAUGCCCGUGAAGCCAAAUGCCGUUUUGUGGAGGACGUUGCUUGGUGCGUGUGGGAAUUCUGGAGGCGUUGAUCUUGCUGAAGACGUUCGUGGGCGAUUGUUUGAGUUGGAGGAGAAUUGGGCGGGUGAUGAUGUUAUUAUGGGCAAUAUAUAUGGUUCGAGCGGAAUAUGGGAUAAAAAGGAGAUCACGAGAAACCGAAUUAACGAGCGGAGAGUUCCGGGCUGUAGUUGGAUUGAGGUUGGAAGUGAGAUCAAUGAGUUUGUCGCUGGAGAUUGUGAUCACCCAUUUGCUUGCAAGAUUUAUGAGGUUAUUGAGAGCUUGAUGGGGAAUAUGAGAGCUUAUGUAUGCAGCUUUGAUCUUUCUGAGUCAUGCAACGUAAAAUGA